UCCUUAGGUUUUUUAGUUUCAUAUGAUACCAGUAUCUUCACUCUGAGCCUGUUAUGACCUAAAAAUCCCAAGUUGUGUUCAUAAAAAGAAACAUUUAGAACUGGAGCUCGACUGAUAUAUUGGCAGGCUGAUAAUAUUGAUAGUAUCAAUUCAUUUGUUUUUUUGUCCAGAAUUUGCCUCAAGUACAUUGAAUACAUUUUAACUUUUGCGGCAGGUUUCGGACAGACCAUAUGCACUGUGUGCCGCAGAAAAUAAGUAUAUUAAUAACUGAUUUAUGAAUACAGCUUUGUUUAUACAUUUUGCUGAGUAAAAAAGUUUGACAGCAUUUAACCGCUUUUGUGAAAUAUUUUGUUAAAAAACGUAGGCUAACAUGAUUUUGUUGCGUGGCAUAAAAAUGACGUGCGAAAUGAGGCGUACAAAUGACACGCAAAAAGGCUAAAAUGCGUUUUCAUGACGCGUAAUGUCCUUGUAAUGUCGUGCUAUUUAUACUCCUUCCCAUGACAUCGGGUUGGUUAGCAAUAUGCAAAAGAAAUAAUAUGUAUAUGUUGUUCUGUGAUAAAGUUAGACCAGCUGAGUACCUCCUGGCUACAGCUCUGCUCGUCGCUGUAGUGGAAACCAGGCUAUCAUCUGUCCUGCAGCCCUCCCCCUUCAGGACAGAUAAGUGUAAAUGAUCCUCACUUCCAAUGGUAGGUAACACAACACAGAUUAUUAUUCUGUGCUACAGGGGUUUGUGUGGACUCUUCCUGUGGCAUGAAUCAUUAAACAGGUGACUGUAAUCCAUACAGACAGCUCGCUUCUCAGGGUGACGGCGAGCUAUCUGAUGCUGCCUGGCGACCAACUGAACUCCUGUGCUUUUGAAGACGGAGCUCAGAUUGCUCACCUUCGAACGAGAAGUUUGAAGGUAGAUGAUCUAAAAUGUGAACUUGCCAAAUAAAAGUUCAGCAGGGGACAACUUGCAGAGCAGCAUCAAGUCCAUAUACAGCAGCUAUGGGGGAUUAUAGUGCCAAGGAUUUGUUAUGUGUGCUUCAAUAGAUGUGUCCAUUUGAGUGGGAGCAGCUACACAGAGAAUAAAAAACUAAUAAAAAAAGAAAAAUUACAAACAUAAAAAUCUUAUCUACACUGUAGUGACAUUUUUUCCAGUGUAUGUACUUGAACAAAGUAAAAGCACCUACGCACCAUUAAUCUGAGUGUUUCAGUAACCUAUGGCAACUGCUUCUGUGACAACAGAAAUCUUGGACGGGCCGGCUCCUGCAGCCGAGGACCGUGCACAACCAUUGGCUGGCUGAAUGAAUGACUUGCAAACUUGUCUAUCUAUUAUGCAUGCCAGUUUACCUUUAGUGCGUUCUUGAGCUCAUUUCCAGGUAAGCACAGCUGAGAGGAACAGCAGCCUGCACUGCAUAGAGACUCUGAGUGUCCAUUUGUUCAUCUUGGAACACCCUGAGGGGUGUCAAAAAUGGAGCUGCUUGGAUCCACCCUAACAGCCACAUAUGCUCGGCCAAAAACCAGCCACUUCCUCCCCGCCAUCUCCACCAUGGCGUCCAGCUAUCGCAACACCCAGCCGGCCUUGGUCAUGAAUCCCAGUGCCAACCUGUGGAGGACCAACAACUACUUCAAAAGCAACAGCUCUGUCCCGACCCAGUCUUCCAUACAGCGAGAGAAUUUAGAUCUGGUUCGAGCCAAGACUAUGUUCUACCCGUCCAACAGGACGGCGAUGUCCACCCGCUACACUCCCGACGACUGGUACAAGUCCAACAUAAGCAACUACAGGGAGUCCGAGUCGUCCCGGAAAAGCGCGGAGCGACUGAGAAGAGACACCAUCAGGCUGAUGCAGGAUAGGGAUCAGCUGACCAGACGAACCCAGGAGACUACCAGCAAGAACAUCGGCGAGCGGCUCAAUGACGUUGUCUUCUGGAGGUCUGAGCUGAGCCACGAGAUCGACAACAUGGUGACAGAGAUAGCAGCACUCGCUGACGUUAAGAGGAGGCUGGAGAGAGCCUUGGCAGAGACAGAGGGGCCCCUUCAGGUGUCUCAAGAGUGUUUGUACCACAGAGAGAAGCGGAUGUCCAUCGAUCUGGUACAUGACGACGUAGAGAAAGACCUCAUAAAGGAAGUGGGAGUCAUCAAGUCAUGUCAGGAAAGGAUGAGGAGACAUCUGGACAGAGCCAUAGCUCAGUUGGCGUCAAACCGAGCUGCUCAGCAUGAAUUGGAAAGGGACAUGAGUGACAAAGUGACAGCUCAGAGGAUAGAUGACAGGUGUCACUAUCUGAGGAACACAUCAGACGGUAUCGGCUACUACAGAGGGAUUGAAAGACUAGACCCGUCACUCUCCGUGCCGGACUCGUGGUCCAAGUUCACAGACGACAACAUCCUGCACUCCCAAAGCGAACGAGCUGCCUCCCACAAGCUGAGGGACGAGAUCGAGAUCCUGCUGAGCACCACGUCCAACGAAAUGUGGAACCAGUUCAACAACGCCAACGUAGCCUUCACAAACCGCAUAUCAGAAACCGCUGACGCUAAGAACAGCCUGCAGACGCACCUGGCUAAGACUCUGCAGGAGAUCUUCCAGACAGAGAUGUUGAUUGAGUCUUUGAAGAAGGCCCUCAGGGACAAAGAGUGCCCGCUGAAAGUGGCCCAAACCAGGCUGGAGGAGAGGACCCGCAGGCCCAAUGUAGAGCUCUGCAGGGACAACCCUCACCACAGACUUGUGAGUGAGGUGAGAGAGAUCGAGGACACCAUCCAUAAGCUCCAGGAGAGGCUGAUGGAGGCUGAGAACACUCUGCAGAAUCUGGUCAAGACCAAAGUGACCCUGGAGCACGACCUGUCCAUCAAGGCCAACUCACUCUUCCUGGACCAGGAGAAGUGCAUGAGCAUGCGGAAGAGCUUUCCCAGCAUGCCCCGCCUGGUGGGCUACACCUAAAUCAAGAGGAGGGCCGUAUAUAAUUCUCUAUGGCUGUUUUAAUGGUUUUGGAGUGAUUUUGAGGGUGUUGUGGGUGAUUUGAAUGUAAACUAAAUGACUUAAUUUUACAAACACUGAUGUUAAAAUCUGAUUAUACACAGUGGAUUAUCAUAAUUUUGAGUAUUGUACCUGUAACGUGUUUACAAGAUGUAUAAAAA